UUCAGUGAACAGGUCAAUUAAAACAACACCGGACCGUGUAAAUGAAUCCAACUGGACUGAAGUAUGGAAGACACUUUUUAGUCACAAUUUAGGCAAACUGUCAGAACCAAAGUUUGCUGUCGGAGAAAGUGUUAGGAUCUCAAAGUACAAAUCAGUGUUCACAAAAAGGUACGAAGCAAAUUUCACAGAGGAGUUGUUCACUGUGACAGAAGUGUAUCACGGACACCCAAACACGUACAAAAUAAAAGACAGUGCUGAUGAACCAAUAAUUGGCAGAUUCUAUGAACAAGAACUGUAUAGUGCUGAAGGAAGAGAACCUGAUUUUAGAGUAGAAAAAGUACUAAGGAGAAGAACAGUGAAAGGUAAAAAGAUGGCCGUAGUUAAGUGGUUAGGUUAUGAUGACAAAUUUAACAGUUGGAUACCAACUGGAGACAUCAAGUCCCUAACAUAA